AUGUCGAGUUGUGCCUUGAAUGAUAGCGAUCCUUACACUGGCGAUGCUGGUUACAGCGACCAGAUGGACUCAAGGUGCCGUACAAAUGUGGCCCUGGUUGAGGAUGCUGCAACUCGGAAGAAACUACAGAAUCGUAUUGCACAGAAAGCAUACCGCAAGCGACUAAAGUCUCGAAUGGAAGAGUUGGAGAGCUUUCGAGAUACCAUGACCGUGGCAAAGAUGACUCUCCUUACUGGUGCAUCUCCGGGAACAGAUCAAGACGAUCCGAACAGACAAGCCAUCUCCAACCAAUUGUCGAUGCCAACCGUCCGCGUGCCGAUCCUUGGAGGUCCGGACGAGAGCACAGAAUCCGUGUCUUACUUCGACAGCCGCGACAACGCCAUACCAAUCAGCCGUAUCGGGCUCCAAACACCACCGGCGAACGUGGAAAUAUCCUACAAUCCAGACCAAGACAUGCCAUCCCUUGGGUCAUGGGACUUGGACGAAGCAUACCCAGUCGUUCUAAGUUUGAACGGAAUCGGACUCGCAAAUCGUGAACAUGCCAGCCCACGGUUCUGUGCUAGGCCACUCGAAGAGCCUGGUUACAUCUGA